UGUGAGCCAGACUGCCAUAGAUACUAUCAAUUCAACCUGAGCUGUCAUGAUUAUCUUUCAAGUACUAGUGAAAGCUACAACAGGUAACAAGUCACUGAAAUGGCUGGGACACACAUGGUUUGGUGUCUUCAGUGGACAUAGUUUCAGCCUGGCAAAAUACUGAAUCACGGUAACUGACAGAAAACAGACUGUGCUGUCAUGUUAUGGUGUCAUCAUCUGAGCUGAAAAGUAGGCCAGCAUCCUGCUGAACAAGGCUUCAAACAUCUGCAUGAGGAUCAAGCCCAUCCCAAGUUGGAACAUUCAAAUCCUGAUUUCUUGUGGGUUGGAAUCUGCUGGACUGAGGCCAGACAGCCCCAAGUUCACUGUGAGACAAGGAUUACACAGGCUUACAGUCCCCAGUCAACAUGGAACAUCCGCUGCAUCAAUAGAGACACAGGCUUACAGUCCCCAGUCAACAUGGAACAUCCGCUGCAUCAAUACAGACAGUCCAGAUUCAACAAUCCCUGCUCUCAACAUGUCCAUCCCAAGUUCCUACAACCUCUCACUGCAGGCACACCGGAGCAGAUCGGAGCUAGAACCUCUCACUGCAUGCACACCGGAGCAGAUCGGAGCUAGAACCUCUCACUGCAUGCACACCGGAGCAGAUCAGAGCUAGAACCUCUCACUGCAGGCACACCAGAGCAGAUCGGAGCUAGAACCUCUCACUGCAGGCACACCGGAGCAGAUCAGAGCUAGAACCUCUCACUGCAGGCACACCAGAGCAGAUCAGAGCUAGAACCUCUCACUGCAGGCACACCGGAGCAGAUCUGAGCUAGAACCUCUCACUGCAUGCACACCAGAGCAGAUCGGAGCUAGAACCUCUCACUGCAUGCACACCGAAGCAGACCGGAACUACAACCUCUCACUGCAGG